GUACACAACUGUAACAACUACCUUCUAAUCACACUAAAACAAUGGUUUCCUUUCGCUUUCCGUUCUCGUUUUCUCAGCCCCCGAGGCCCCCCUUCUCCGCCACCGCCAAUGCCGCCUCCCGACCAUUCUCCACUACCGCCGCAUUAUCGGUCGCCGUUGCUGCCGCAGCUGCCGGGGCUGGAAUCGCUAUCUCGCAGGACGCAAACACCCCGUUUCUUCAAAACGCUUUGAAUUUCUUGGCGUCCAACAGAAAUAGUCUUUGCCCGAUGUGGGGUUCUCUUUCUCUCUCAGAAAAUUCUUCCCCUGUCACUGAAUCAAGGACUGGAGUGUCCUUUCCUGUUGUUCUGAGAGAUUCUCAGCGGCUUCUUGGGGUUGGGCUGAGGAGAAAAGCUAUUCUAGGGUUGAAAAACAUUGAUGUCUAUGCUUUUGGUGUAUAUGCUGAUGAUGCUGAUAUAGAAAAGUGUCUUAGUCAGAAAUAUGGAGAGCUUUCUGCUUCUGAAUUGAAGGGAAACGAAGCACUAAAGGAGGAUCUUGUGCAGAGUGAUGUAAGCAUGACUAUUAGGCUACAGAUAGUUUACGGAAGAUUGAGCAUACGAUCUGUGCGAAGUGCUUUUGAAGAGUCAGUUGGUAGCAGACUACAGAAGUUUAGCGGGUCGGAUAACAAAGAAUUGCUACAAAGAUUCACCUCUCAAUUCAAAGAUGAAUAUAAAAUACCUCGGGGAUCUAUCAUUGAUCUGUCUAGGGAGCCGGGCCAUGUUCUUCGCACAACGAUUGAUGGAAAAGAGGUGGGGAGCAUCGAGAGCAAACUCUUGUGCCGGUCAAUCCUCGAUCUAUACAUUGGUGAUGAACCAUUUGACCGGAAAGCCAAAGAAGAUGUCGAGCUGAACUUGGCUUCUCUCCUCGGGAAAUAGUGAAGCGGUACAUCAAAGUCUGCCGAAUUACAGUUUUGGCAAUUUCACAUUUCUCGAAUUUUAGGUAAACAUGUAUCCUGUGUGAUACUCCUUUUCUUGUCUAGAAGACGAGAGAAGAAACCGAAAUGGAGGACAGAAAAGAUAAGGGGAAGAGUUUUUAACUUAAUACUAGGAUUUGAGUAUAUUACUGUUUGAGAUGUAAAACCUCGCCAUGCGGGUCAAGAAAUCAUUUGUGAAAUUUGAUUUCUGUAAAACGUGGGAUUCAUAUUCUAUCCUAUGAUCUAAGCGGGUCUUUCUGGAAAAUAAAACAGAGAAAUGUCCACUUCUUAUAGACAGCCAAAGGGCAUGUGAAAAUUCAGGACGUGGCUGUGAAACGAUAUAUUUUACAUUGCUUGUAUAAUGGUAAUCGGGUCUUGCGGA